AUUUUUUAUUUGAGUAAAACUACCAGGAUUGCUUAAUGAGGAAAAAAAAAUUUAGUGUAAAAUAUGACUUUGUAAGAAAUGUUAGAUUUCUUUUUAAUUUUGAGGCUGACUUGUUCUCUUGAGUCCUAUCCAGAUCACCAAGAGCAUAAUAAUGUAGAAAUAGUCUUUAGUGUUUGUGCUGCUGAUUAUAAUUUGGGAAUUCUGGUUUGUAUACUGAAAUUUUAAAUAGGAUGACCGAGUAACACUUAAAAUGUUAUCUCCUCUUCCAUUUUAAUUUGUAUUCAGUUAUUCUUUAAGAAAAUUACUUUUAGACAUACAUAGUAUAUGUACAGGAUAAAUCAAUAUUCUGGACUUACAUUAGCAUAGCAUCUUUAUUACCAGACAUACUAUGUUUGUAAUACUUCUGAAUCCCAACCUUAAAAUUGAAUGUUUGGAAGUCAGCUGCAGACAAAAUUCUGAACAAAAUUUGAAUUUAGAUAAAUGUGGGAAUAAGGCUUUGUAGGGUUGGGUUUUUUUUUUUUAAUCAAGUGUUUCAUAGAACUUCGUAUUCUGGGAUUUGGUUUGAUUAUAAGUAGAAAGUUCUGUCCCUUUCUAAUGCUAAGUUUGGUAAUGAUACCAUCUGUAAGAAACUGUAUUUGUGUUUCUCUUUUGUUUUUAUUUAUUAUACUGGAGUAAGCAGUACAGGUUUUACACCUGUAUAAAGAAUCAUCUAAAUAGACUACACUUUAACCCUUGUAAGGGUCUUUUUUUUUCCCUUGCUGUAGCCUCUGUGCAUAAUUCAAUAACAAAGGAAGCUAAGUAUAGUAACAACUUCCCAAAGAAGUAAAUAAAAUAAUGUUUGAAUUGUCAAUUUUAUAUUAAAAAUAUGCUUCUGAAGUAUCUAAGUUGCUUAUGCUGAUUAUUCUCAUAGUAAUCUCAACCUUUUUGUGUUGUGAUAAAUUGUUUAAAGCAAGUUCUUAAUACCAAUGUAAACUAUCCAAGUUAACAAAUUCAAUUCCAUUUGAUUAAAUUUACAGAUAAGAACCUUAGGAAUUCACCUGUUAGGAAGAAGAAACAGGAUUGGACUAGGUAGAACUAAUGAUGCCUUAUUAAAAGUGUGAGGGAAAGUGGCAGUGGUUUCUAUGGAUUUUUAUUUAGUUGCUUAUCAGAAUUUUAGACUCCUGCGCUAGAGACAUAAAGCAUGAGAAGGGUGAAGUUGAACAAAUUGCUAUGAUGAAACCAAAAGGCCAGACUGAACACGACGAGGGUAUGCUUGAAUAUCUAGAAGAUAUAAUUGGUUGUGGACGACUAAAUGAGCCUAUUAAAGUCUUGUGUCGGAGAGUUGAAAUAUUAAAUGAACACAGAGGCGAGAAGCUAAACAGAGUUAAGAUGGUGGAAAAGGAAAAGGAUGCCUUAGAGGGAGAGAAAAACAUUGCCAUUGAAUUUCUCACCUUGGAAAAUGAAAUAUUUAGCAAAAAGAAUCAUGUUUGUCAGUAUUACAUUUAUGAUCUUCAGAAACGAAUUGCUGAAAUGGAAUCUCAAAAGAAAAAAAUUCAUGAAGAUACCAAAGAAAUUAAUGAGAAGAGCAGUAUACUGUCAAAUGAAAUGAAAGCUAAGAAUAAAGCUGUAAAAGAUGUAGAAAAGAAACUGAAUAAAAUUACAAAGUUUAUUGAGGAGAACAAAGAAAAAUUUACACAGCUAGAUUUGGAAGAUGUUCAAGUUAGAGAAAAAUUGAAGCAUACUACAAGUAAAGCAAAAAAACUGGAGAAACAACUUCAAAAAGAUAAAGAAAAGGUUGAAGAAUUCAAAAGUAUACCUGCCAAAAGUGAAACUACAAUAACUGAGACAACAACUAGAAGAAAUGCCCUUGAGAAGGAAAAAGAGAAAGAAGAAGAAAAAUUAAAGGAAGUUAUGGAUAGCCUUAAACAGGAAACCCAAGGGCUUCAGAAAGAAAAAGAAAGUCGAGAAAAAGAACUUAUGGGUUUCAGCAAAUCAGUAAAUGAAGCACGUUCAAAGAUGGAUGUAGCCCAGUCAGAACUUGAUAUCUAUCUCAGUCGUCAUAAUACUGCAGUGUCUCAAUUCAAUAAGGCCAAGGAAGCUCUAAUUGCAGCCUCUGAGACUCUCAAAGAAAGGAAAACUGCAAUCAGAGAUAUAGAGGCAAAACUUCCUCAAACUGAACUAGAAUUAAAGGAGAAAGAAACGGAACUUCAAAAACUUACACAAGAAGAAAUAAAUUGUAAAAGUUUGGUUCGUGAUCUUUUCCAAAAAGUUGAAGAAGCAAAGAGUUCCUUAGCAAUGAAUCGAAGUAGAGGGAAAGUCCUUGAUGCAAUAAUUCAGGAAAAAAAAUCUGGCAGGAUUCCAGGAAUAUAUGGAAGAUUGGGGGACUUAGGAGCGAUUGAUGAAAAAUAUGAUGUUGCUAUUUCAUCCUGUUGUCAUGCAUUAGACUACAUUGUUGUUGAUUCUAUUGAUACAGCCCAAGAAUGUGUGAACUUCCUUAAAAGACAAAAUAUUGGAGUUGCAACCUUCAUUGGUUUGGAUAAGAUGGCAGUAUGGGCAAAGAAAAUGAACAAAAUUCAGACUCCUGAAAAUACUCCUCGGUUAUUUGAUUUGGUAAAAGUAAAAGAUGAGAAAAUUCAGCAAGCAUUUUACUUUGCUUUACGGGACACCUUAGUAGCUGACAACUUAGAUCAAGCCACAAGAGUAGCAUAUCAGAAGGAUAAAAGAUGGAGAGUCGUGACUUUACAAGGGCAAAUAAUAGAACAGUCAGGUACAAUGACUGGUGGAGGAAGCAGAGUAAUGAAGGGAAGGAUGGGUUCAUCAGUUGUUGUUGAAAUCUCUGAAGAGCAGGUAAAUAAAAUGGAAUUACAGUUGCAGAAAGACUCUGAAAAGGCAGUACGAAUCCAGGAAAAGAAAGUACAACUGGAAGAAGCUGCAAUUAAGUUACGACAUAGUGUGCGAGAAAUGAGGAAUACACUAGAAAAGUUUACUGCGAGCAUCCAGCGUUUAUCGGAACAAGAAGAAUAUUUGAAUGUCCAAGUGAAAGAACUUGAAGCUAAUGUACUUGCUACAGCCCCCGACAAAACAAAGCAGAAACUGCUAGAAGAAAAUGUUCGUGCUUUCAAAACAGAAUAUGACAGUGUGGCAGAGAAAGCUGGUAAGGUGGAAGCUGAGGUUAAAAGGUUACACAAUAUCAUCGUAGAAAUCAAUAACCAUAAACUCAAGGCCCAGCAAGACAAACUUGAUAAAAUAAACAAACAAUUGGAUGAAUGUGCUUCUGCUAUUACGAAAGCCCAGGUAGCAAUCAAGACUGCAGAGAGAAAUCUUAAAAAAGCGCAAGACUCUGUCUUUUGCACAGAGAAAGAAAUAAAAGAUACUAAGAAAGAAGUAGAUGACUUAACAGCAGAACUAAAAAGUCUUGAGGACAAAGCAACGGAGGUCAUAAAGAACACAAAUGAUGCAGAGGAAUCUUUACCAGAGAUCCAGAAAGAACAUCGUAAUCUACUACAAGAACUAAAAGUAAUCCAAGAAAAUGAACAUGCUCUUCAAAAAGAUGCACUUAGUAUUAAGUUGAAACUUGAGCAAAUAGAUGGUCACAUUGCUGAACAUAAUUCUAAAAUAAAAUAUUGGCAAAAAGAGAUUUCAAAAAUAUCAUUGCAUCCCAUAGAAGAUAAUCCUGUCAAAGAGAUUUUAGUUCUAAGCUCAGAGGAUCUUGAAGCAAUUAAGAAUCCAGAUUCUAUAACAAAUCAAAUUGCACUUUUGGAAGCCCAGUGUCAUGAAAUGAAACCAAACCUUGGUGCCAUUGCAGAGUAUAAAAAGAAGGAAGAAUUAUAUUUACAACGGGUAGCAGAAUUGGACAAAAUUACUUGCGAAAGAGAUAGUUUUAGACAGGCAUAUGAAGACCUUCGGAAACAAAGGCUUAAUGAAUUCAUGGCAGGUUUUUAUAUAAUAACAAAUAAACUAAAGGAAAAUUACCAAAUGCUUACUUUGGGAGGUGAUGCAGAACUGGAGCUUGUAGACAGCUUGGAUCCAUUCUCUGAAGGAAUCAUGUUCAGUGUUCGACCACCCAAGAAAAGUUGGAAGAAGAUCUUUAACCUUUCAGGAGGAGAGAAAACACUUAGUUCAUUGGCUUUAGUGUUCGCUCUUCACCACUACAAACCAACACCCCUGUACUUCAUGGACGAGAUUGAUGCAGCCCUUGAUUUUAAAAAUGUGUCGAUUGUUGCAUUUUAUAUUUAUGAACAAACAAAAAAUGCCCAGUUCAUCAUCAUUUCUCUUCGAAAUAAUAUGUUUGAGAUUUCAGAUAGACUUAUUGGAAUUUACAAGACAUAUAAUAUAACAAAAAGUGUUGCAGUAAACCCAAAAGAAAUUGCAUCUAAAGGACUUUGUUGAACUUGUUUAUACUGAAGAUUCUUUGUAUUGAAUCAACAUAAAUUGAGAGUAUUAUAUUGCUGGUUUUCCUUUUUGUAAGGGAUUUUAAAUUAUGUAAAAUAUAUAUUCCUAGACUGGAUCUUAUAACUGGUUUCUAUUUUAUGUAAUUGACAUGGUAUAAUUCUAAUAAAAUAUUCUCUAUACUUGCCUCUAGAUUUUAACAAUCUAACAGUUUUGUAGUGAUAGUGAAGCUCUAAACUAGAUCAUGUUAUCAAGACUCAGCCUACUCUCAUGGAUCUUCAGCCCACUUAGAAAAUCCUGCCAGCUAUUCUGAUACACAUUCUUAAGACACUCCACUUAAUUUACUAAUUGAGACAAUCAUUGUAUUUAUUACACAAAUAUUGGGGACUUUUUCAAACCAGUCAUUCUGAACUAUAAAGAUGAAAACAAAUAUUCUAUGAUUUUCUAAAACUUAAUGUAUUUGUUUGAAAAACACUUUCAGGAGGGUUAGCAAACAGUAUUAUGAACGUGACUCAGGUAAAUUAGAAGUUGAAAAUGAAACUCAUAUGCCACUACACUUGCUUCAUAAAAAGAAUAAGGGUGGUAACUUAGUACAAAUGGAAAUUAAGAUGGAGUGCUAUUUCCCUAAUAGUGCCACGGUUUGGGGGUUUUUAAACACUUAGCUCAGGAAUGCUUCAUAUUGCUACUGGAAAUAGGUUGUCAACCUUUUAAUUUUCUGAAGGAAUUUUUGGUAUUGAAUCAGGUCUUUUCCUUAACUGUUCAAUUUCUAGAUAACUAAUCCUGUGAAAUAACAGUGAGCUAAGAGUUGUAUCAUAACAAAGCCUUUGAAAACUGUAAAUACAUUAGCAUGGACAAAUAAAGCAAGAUCUGAAACUCAAGUAUGGUCAUGUGUUUUAAAUCAAGGUUACAUGA